AUGGUGAAAGUUAUUGAUUAUUCAAGAACUGCAACUUUUGCUUGGUCUCAAGAUAGAUUGCCCUUCCUGGUUACGGGUACUAUCGCAAACACCAUAGAUGCUGAUUUCUCUUCAGAUUCAAAGUUAGAAUUAUGGUCCAUUAAUCAAUUAGAUACAAAAACCCCAUUAUUCGAAUUAAAUGUCGAUUCAAAGUUUAAUGACUUGGAUUGGUCAGUCGAUAAUAUUAACAUUGCUGGGGCUCUCGACAAUGGUAAUAUCGAAUUAUUCAACUUCGAUAAUAAAAGUCAAACUAUUAAAUCUUUAGGAAAUUUAUCAGAUUCAAAUAAACAUAAAGGUUCUGUUAAAACUUUAAAAUUUAAUACAAAACAAUCAAAUUUAUUAGUUUCAGGUUCUGAUAAAAAUGGUGAAAUUUUAAUUUGGGAUUUAAAUAACUUGGAUAAAACACCUUUGACUCCAGGUAUGCCAAUGACUCCAACAAAUGAAAUCACUUCUUUAGCUUGGAAUAAAUCUCUAUCGCAUGUCUUCUCAUGCUCGAGUAACACUUCAAACGUCUCUAUUUUCGAUUUGAAAGCUAAAAAAGAAGUUAUCCAUUUAAAUUAUACAAACCCAGUCAAUAACGUUAAAUCUUUAUUCUCUGUUGUAGAAUGGCAUCCAAAGAAUUCAACCAGAAUUGCUACAGCAACUUUGAAUAAUGAUUCUACUGAAAGUGAUUCCAUCUUCAUCUGGGAUUUAAGAAACUCUCAUACUCCUUUACAAAUCUUAUCAAAAGAUGGUCAUUCCAAUGGUAUCUUAUCCUUAGAUUGGUGCAGCACCGAUGAAAACUUAUUAUUAUCAAGUGGUAGAGAUAAUUCUGUAAUGUUAUGGAACCCUGAAAAUGGAGAAUCUCUAACUAAAUAUCCUUCAAGAAGAAACUGGUGUUUCAAGACUAAAUUUGCACCAGCUUUCCCAGAUGUUUUUGCUACUGCUUCAUUCGAUGGUAAAAUUGAAGUACAAACUUUGCAAGAUUUAGUAAAUAACUUAGACAAGGAAGUUGAUGCUUCAAAAAAGAAUGAAUCAGAAACAGAUUUUUGGAAUAACGUCUCUUCAGAAACUACUACUGAAAAACCAACAGUCUUUGGUUUGCAAGCUCCAAACUGGUACGGUAAUAAAUCAGCCGCUGCUAACUGGGCUUUCGGUGGUAAAUUGGUCUCUAUCGGUAAAGACGGUAAAAGUAUCAGUAUUACAAAACCAAAUUUACCAGGUUAUUUCCAAGAAAAUACUAUCUUGGAUGAAGCUUUGAAAUCAAAAGAUUUUAACCCAAUUAUCAACCAACGUUUAGUAAAACCAAUUAGUGAAUCUAAUGAAGAAGAUUGGAACCUAUUGGAAAAACUGUCACUAGAUGGUAAAGAUGAAUUCCUAAAAGAAGCAUUUACCUUCGAUGAUGAUGAAAGUGAAAACGCAGAUGAUGAACAGCAAAAGGAUCAGUUAGAAGGUGAAGAUUUCUUCGGUAAAUUAGAAAAUUCAUUUGAACCAACUGGAAAAUUCAAUCUAUCAGAUGAUAUGCACAAAAAAAUAUGUAAAGAUUUGAUUAAAGGCAAUACAAAGCAAGCCGUGCUAGCUUCUCUAGAAAAAGAUUAUUUAUUGGAAGCACUUGUUAUUGCUUUGGACUCUGAUGACCAAGCAUUGAAAGAUUCUGUUAAGCAUUCUUACUUUGCUCAAUAUGGUAAAAAGUCUCCAUUGUCAAGAUUUUUGUAUUCUAUUUCCAACCAUAAUGUUGAAGAUUUGGUUCAAAACUUUGAAAUCGGUGAAUGGAAAUACAUUAUAAAAUCCAUUUACAAAUUUUAUGGCAAUGACGCGGCUAAAAGGGAUGAGCUUUUGGUCAAAUUAGGUAACAGAUUAUUGGAUAACGGUAAUAGACAAGAUGCAUUGACUGUCUACCUAGCUGCAAACUCCUUAGAUAACGUAGCUGAGGUUUGGUUGAAGGAAUUUAGUUCUAAUGAAGCAAAAAUUAAAGAAUCCAAGGAUUCCCAAUACGAAGCUCACACUGAAUGUUUGACUGAAUUCGUUGAAAGAUUUACUGUUUUUUCAAGAUUUGUCGGUGCUGGGUCAAAGAUUACAAAUGAAGACUUGAUAAGUAAGUUCCUAGAAUUUGUUAACUUGACUUCUGCCUCUGGUAGUUUUGAAUUGGCUUAUAAAUUCUUAGAAACUCUACCCGGUGAUAAUGAAGAAGUUAAUACUGAAAAGGAACGUGUUGUGAUUGCUUCUGGUAAGACCUUCAAUAAACAACAACAGCCUAGAGCCAGUAAAUACGGUUCUUUGAUGAAUUCACAAGUUCCUGAAACUUUUAAUGCUAGCCCAUCAUUUGGUGGUCAAACUCCAUUGCAUAAGACUGUUUCAAAUCAAACAUUCCAACCAUCUUAUGGUGUUCCAUUACCACAAUCAGUUUCACCAGUUGUCUCUUCGCCAGCAGUUCAAGCUACAAUACCACCAGCUGCAAACGCAUAUGCUACAGCUGCACAUGGGGGUAACGUUGGACAAGUUACUGGUAGUAAGUAUGCUCCACCUCCAGCAUUAGCACCAGCUAUUGGAGGACCUUCCUCUACUUCUAGACCAACUGGUCAAACACAAUACCAAGCAUUCCAAUCUCCAGCUAAUCCAUAUGCUACAACUGUUCCACCAACUCAACCAGUAUUUGCUCAAUUAAAUGCUAAUCCUCCAGCAAAUGAUACUGCUAGUAUCCCUCCUCCUCCAAUUACCAACGUUAAGUCUGGUCAAACACCUCAUUUAAAUAAAGAUGCAAAUGAUGGUUGGAACGAUCUUCCAUUGAAAUCAAAGGAAAAACCAUCAAGAGCUAAACCAGUUGCUGUCUCUCCAGCUGCUUCAGUUUCACCAAACCAACAACCUCAAAUGGGUGGCAGUUUCUUACCACCUCCUCCAUUAUCUAGAACAGCAUCUAACAUAGCUCAUCCAGGUGCCUCAUUAGCUCAUGGUAAAACUCCAAGAAACCCAUCUAUUGGUACUCCUAAGAUUCCAUUGAAUCCAUAUGCUCCAUCUAUGAGUAAUGUUUCUUCUGGAUCAGCAACCCCAGCAUCCAACCCAUACGCUCCUCCAACUAAUUUACAGCAAGUAGAUGGUAACUUAUCAUUGAACCAAUACUCAUCAUCUGGUGGUAAUGCCUUUGCUCCACCACCUCCAGCUGCUAAGACCCCGGUUGGUCCUCCACCUAUUAAUGCAAGAAAGAAGAGUCAUGCAGAAUCAGCAGUUGCAAAUGCUGGUGACUUGUUGAGUUCAAUCCAAAGUAAAUCACAAGAUUUCAUCUCUCAACCACCGCUUCCAACAUCUUCUCCUUCAGCUCCAGUUGCUGCCGCUGUUCCUGAUUCAGCUGUUUCUGCUCCACCAAAGACCUCUACUGGCGCUCCUGUAUCUGCACCACCAGCUACAUCUCAACCUAUCCCAGCCGAACAACAAGCCAUUGUCGACUACUUCAACGCUGAAGUUGAACGUGUAUCUUCAUUGAUUCCAAAAGAAUAUGCAAAGCAAUUGAAGGAUUGUAAGAAAAGAUUAAAGAUCCUGUUCGAACAUUUGGAAAAACAAGAUUUAUUGACCCAACCAACAAUUGAUAAACUAAGCACCUUGAUUUCAUAUUUGAAGGAAAAUAAAUAUAUAGAAGCUAUGGAAACACAUGUCGAUAUUGCCACAAACCAUGCCCAAGAAGGUGGUAACUGGUUGACCGGUGUCAAGAGAUUAAUUGGUAUCGUUGAAGCUACAAGCACUAACUGA